AUGCAAGUCCAGCAGACCCGGAACAUAACUCAAUCUAUGAGUCAUACGCAGAGUAUUGCAGCAGUGCAGACUCUUCUCAGAGCUGGCUUAGGCGCUAUAACAUUUCUAAGGAACUUGCUACCAGAAGAUAAUUUUGCCCCAAGCCAUUUUACCUCGAUCGACGAUGGGGCCUCAUCGUCUGCAGGAUCGUUCCAACUUGAUAGUUCGCAAGAGAGCAACAUGUCGAGAAGGAACGUCAAUAGUUUCCGAAUUAUGACUUUGACCAGAGGUUAUACCGACGAAGCUGAUAGACUCCUCAAUUACUUGGAAUACGGAAUCUUUGAUGCUCUCGAAAAGCAGUACCUCCGAAGCUUUAUCUUUGCUAUUUAUCUGGACAACAAAGACCCCACUAACAUUGUCGAGGCUUAUACCUUCAACUUCAAGUAUUACACAAUCCCUGGGACAAGCACGACUAUUCCUAUCAUGAGCCUAGGCGAUGGGUUGAAAAGGAUGUCACUUCGAAACCAAAAAGACGUCGAGGAUCCCGUUGCCAAAGCGAUCAAAAAUGGGAAAGCUCCGACCCUUAAGGACGUGAAGUCAAGUGCAAUGCUUAAAACCCUUAUUCACAUCAUGCAUCAUAUGGAUCCUUUACCAAGACGUCGGUUUGCGACUUUCAAGGUUUAUUAUACUGAGAAGACGCCAGUUAAUUACGAGCCACCCCAUUUUCAAGCGGGGGACGUGGAUAAAGACAAGUGGUUCUUCAUGACUCAUGAUUUGGACGAGAUGCCAGACAGGUGCAGCGUUGGUAAAGUCGAGACUGGGCAUCAUUCAGUCAGCGUCAGCGUCACUUCCAUUGCUUCCUAUCUUCCUUCCUCUACGGAGCACGACUCUGCUGCUUUCUCCGGAACCGUUCCCCAUCCGGGCAAUCACGUACUUACGCCAAUGCAAGAAGCAUCUAUCUGCAAGCAACAAGCCGAAAGGCAACAAGAGGACGCGGAGAGAAGAAACAUUGCUUGGGCCGUCGAAGAUUCUGUCAAGCUGGGCGACGAUGUAGACGCUGAAGGCGAUGACGACCCAGAUUAUCUCAGGCAGCCUGAUGGAAGUUAUCAGAGGGCCGAUGUUGUUGUGCCAGUCGGAAUCAGAAACAAGGAUGGGAGCAUUGAGACGCUUCCAGCAGAUGUUCAGGACGAGGAAGUCCGAUAUGACGGGUUUGUUGAACGCGUCCCAACUCGCCUUCAAGAAUUUGCUGCGGAACAAGAACCAGUCAGUAAUGGCCUAGAAGAAACGCAAUGCUUGUCAUCCACUCCCAGAAGGACAGAGCCGAGAGCGCCUUCGUCUGCAUCGUCGGUCGAUCAGCUCAUCCCUUCUCCACUUUCCGAUAUUCGAACGACGCCUUCCACGCGCGCAACGAGUUUUGAUCCCGAAAUGCUGAAGAGCAUGACUCUUGAAGCAUCGGAAAGCUGCGACACCGAGAUGUUGGACUUAGAAACCCAGGUGACAUCCCGAGAGCCGAUGGCUUCGGAUUCGAUUGAGUCUUUUCCCGCAUCGAAUGCGAUGGAUGCCGUUCGGAAUGACGGGCUUCUGGUUGCUGGGGAACGUCUUUCUGACAAUGGUUUGCAAUGCGAAUGUGGGAUUCCGGAAGAGGACGGAACAUUCGUCUUUUGCGAGGGGGGCUGUAAGAAAUGGUUCCAUCUCUGGUGUAUGGGGUAUCGCGAUCUUUUGAGCUUGAACUGUCUUGCUUCCGCGCUCAUCUUUUACUUACCUAGGUAUCAUUCGGGCAAUGACAAGCGAAUCCCGUCAGCAUUCAAGUGCUUCGACUGUCGGGCUCGCUCUGACGUGACAUGGGAACUUAUCAAAUUCGAUAUAUACCCUCAAAUGCUCUCAAAGUUCAAAGAUCUAGCGUUGUUCAGGAGAGCGAUUAAAGUUGCUCAGUACGAGCGCUCGUUUAGCGCGAUGGAAUUUGCCAAGUCGUUCGGCUGUGAUGUUGUCUUAGGUGGCCAGUUAUUGAAGAGGCUUGAGGACGAAGAUUUUAUCUCUAAAGAGUCAACAACUUUGGAUGAUAUGGGUCUCACCGUAACAACCCGUGGCAAAACGACCAAGGGCAAAGGGAAAGUCAAGCAACCCAGGAAAAAUAUGCAGAAGUCACGAUUCGUUUUUAACCAUUCCUUGGAGACAAAGGCGCAGUAUUUGGAUUACUUCAAACCUGACGACCAAGACAUCGAAAAACACUUGCUCGGAGUCGCUGAUUUGGCUAAACCUAGACAGAAACCAGCAAAGAACAUCAUGCCAGAAACUCAGACUCAGGAGGAGACUAACACCCGUGAUACACGCAACAAGCGCACGGUUUCCCAGACGGCCGACGAAACUCAAGAUGCUGAGCGUCCCUCGAAGAAAGUCAAAAUAUCUGUCGCAGCUGCUGUGGAUCUGGCUGAAUGA